AUGCCUAGGGGUCCCAAUUCAACCAAUGGACGCGUCUCCAAGACCUCCGCCCCUGCCCGGUCGUUAAAUGAACCAAAUAUCGCCGCGUUGGAGCGAGAAAUUGAAGCGCAACACCAAUCGAACAGCCCUCCGGCUAAUCCAACUCGUGUAGCUCCUAAAACACUUGAUGAAGCACAAGAGAAAGUCUUGAUUCAGUGGAUUCGUCAGGUGAAGGACCUAUUCUCCCUUCCUAUGGGACCGCUCAUCACGAUAAGUGCAAACCAAAUUCUUAACCGUGAUGGGAACGACGUCACUAUCAACAAGUCAUGGGUUGAUCGCUUCAUCAAACGGCUACCAGAUGACCUAAAGCCGCCUAAAGUACGAUCAGUCAAGAAAAAAUGUCUCGAUGCAUCAGAUCAGGAGAUUUUGGAGAAUUUUUAUGGACGUCUGGAGGCUGUGAUUGCUGGAGCUUCCCCAGAGAAUAUCUACAAUUUCGACGACACCAUCUUCCAAAUUGGCCAAGGAAAGAAACUUUACAAGGUCGUUACUAGUGCCAGUAGGGUCCACGCCCCUUACCAGACUAGAACCUAUUGUGAAUGGAUAACCACGAUUGAAUGUAUUGCCGCCGAUGGCUGGGCAGCCGAUCCAUUUACCAUUUUUCAAGGCUACUCCUAUUACGAGGAGUGGUUGUCCUACAAAGGACCUCACGGUGGAGCUCUAUUCAUGAAUACGCUGAGCGGCCGGGUCAACGAGCAGGCUGCAUGCAAGUGGAUCGAGUUUUUCCAUCACCAGACUAAAGAUCGCGCUGCAGACGGUCAGCCCCGGCUCCUACUCUUUAGGGGACAACCUCAAUAUUUGAGUUUCAAGUUCCUCCAAUUUUGCGAGCAACACAAGAUCAUAUCCUUCAGCUUUCCGCCCAAUAUAGGACAUCUCAUGCAGCCUUUUGACGGCAAACCUUUCCAAGAUUACAAGAAGUACUGGGGAUGUCCAGGCUUGCUUCUCUCCCUGAUUGACGACGUCGAUGACGAGAAAACAGCCUUCUUCGACGGUUUCCCUUCUAUUCAUGAAAAAUCAUUUCAACCCCAGGUUAUCACAAACGCAUUUGCCGACAGAGGCAUUGUGCCAUUUGAUCCGUCCAAGGUGGGACAACCGCUUUGA